UCCCGCCGGCUGGAUCCGCCACUGGGCCCAUACCUAUUUGUCCCCCACUGUAGCCAUGGCACGAUAGUGACCAUGAUCUAUGUACCAGAUGCUCACGCAGACCAAACGUCGAAAGAGCACACUCAGGACAAACAUUUCAUCGGAUUAUCGUGCAAAGUCCAAUUCUAAGGAAAGAUUUUCGAGAAAAUAUGGUGUGAAAAUAAAUACAAUUUGGAACGACGUGGAUGCCGACUCCUGCACGGACCACAAAACGGAACAUACGCGUUUUCGGUUCUGUGUUCGACUAGACCUAAUUUCGUAUGCGGCGCACGAACUACAUUGCUUUGUGCAGCAUCGACCAGCAAACAUAGAUUGUUCUCCGUAACAAUUGGCUUGUGACCCCCUGUAAUCCACAAACCAGUCUAUAGAACAGCAGAGCUUCCAGUAGUGAAGUUCUAAAACACCAGAGGCAAUGGCUUUCAAGAAUGGACAUCUUUUGCUUACCAUCAUAUUCAUCUUCGGGACAACUUUUUCAUCCUGUAAUGGUGCAAAUGUGUUGAUCGUGGGUUUCUAUAUGGGAGGUAGUCACAUGAUGGCGAUGAUUCCAAUAGGAAGAAGUCUUGUCAGUCGGGGACACCAGGUAACAUUUCUCAUCAGUGAUAUCUACACUGGCAAGUACUCUAAACCAGAGUACACGGAUUACUUCAAGUUCGAAUAUUACCACUGUCCGAAUUUAGAUCAGGACAUUGCUAAGGUUAACGAUGAAAUGGGUGAUCUCGCCCUCGAGGAUAACCAGUAUAGCCAAUUGUCAGUACUGAUAUCGUGGUUUACCGACAUCAGUCCUCGGGUUUGCGAUGCCAUUUUCAGCGACGUUGAGCUUAUGAAACGCUUUGAUGCGGUGGAUGCCGUCGUCAUUGAUGUUUCGUGGCCAUGUGGGAUUUUCAUCAAGUCGUUCCUUAGUAAGCAGAGAAAUACCCCUAUUCGUGGUAUCGUAGUUUCUCCUAGUUCAACCAAUCCGUACAUUCAACAACUUGCUGGGUCACCCAUCAAUCCAUCAUAUCAACCUUUUUCAGUCUCUGGACUUUCCGUUCCUAUGUCCUUUCUGGAACGCGUCAGUAAUGUGUUGGGUUACCUUUUUGGAAACAGUAUUAGUUACUUUAUGUUUUCUAGACCCUUUCACAGGAUAGUAGACAAAUACGACCUAGAUCCAGGAAUGAAAAACUCGAUCCAUGAGCACAUUGAUAUCUACCUCAUCAACACUGAAUUCGCCGUCGAGUCUCCUUAUUCUUUGACCCCAAAUAUCAUUCCUGUAGGUGGUCUUACGGCACGACCAGCUGGACCUCUUGGAGAGGAGCUGGAGAGCUUCAUGCAAAGCUCUGCAGAACAUGGUGUUAUUGUCUUCUCUCUUGGCUCGAACUUUUCUGUCAUCACUAAAACAAGACCAGACGUCGUUCAUCAUUUCGUGGAAGCAUUCGGCCGCUUACCUCAUAAAGUGCUGUUUCAUCUGCACGGUGAUCCCCCUGAAAGACUCCCAGAAAACAUCAAGAUGUUGUCGUGGCUGCCUCUUAAAGAUGUAUUGGGUCAUCCAAUGACUCGCCUUUUCGUUUACCAUGGUGGCAAUAAUGGUUUCUUGGAAGGAAUCUACCAUGGUGUUCCUAUGGUCAUCAUGCCCUUAAUCGGUGACCAGAUAGACAACGCCGUCAAAGUUGAGACACUGGGCCUCGGCACGACAUUGAACAAGAAUCGCUUGAGCGCAGACAUCAUCCAUCAAAAGCUGGCAGAAACUCUUCAGGAUCCAGAAUGCAGUAAGAGGGUGAAGCGUGCAUCUGCCAUCUUCAAAGACCGGCCAAUGACAGCCCCUGAUCGGGCAGCAUUCUGGAUUGAACAUGUCGUUAAGCAUGGCGGAAGCUACAUGCGAUCACCCGUCCAUGAUUUAUCAUUCGUCCAGUACCAUUUGAUAGAUGUGAUAUUGCUGCUGAUUUUUAUUUUGACAACAAUAUUGUACCUUAGCUAUAAGUUAAUUAAAUGCUGCAUCUGUCGCUGUGUAAGUUCCUGUGAAAAGGAAAAAAAUAAACGUGAUUGAAUAGUUAUGUAUAUGUAAUUCAGGAUCACCCAUGAAAACAAAUUGGAAGAAGCGCCACCUGUUCAUUCUUAGAGAACCUGCUGUCUCCGACUAUCCAAGGGCAUCCAUAGACCAUGAUAGGGGAGGGGGGAGGGGUGUCACGCAUCAUCACUGUGCUAAUCCAUAUCAAGUGUAAUGCUUGCAUUUCCAUAAUUUCAUUAAACGAAUUCGUUUUCACUGGCUAGCUGUCUGCCCUAACAUCAAAGAAGACGAAAGAUUUCAUGAAUGGCUG